AUGGCGGUGGGCGACCUGGCGUUCAAGGCGCUGACAACGGGGCUGGGCGUCGCCACGCUCUACCUCGCCGCCACCUUCUCCGUCAACGUCUACCGCGGCCUCUCGUGGCACUCCGAGCAAUCCAACCAAAUAUCUGCUUUGAUUAGUGACCCAUUUGCUGCCUAUUGUGAAGAAUUUGACCAUGGUCUUGCAAAUUAG